GAGUAGGGGGUGGGGAGGAAAGCGGGUUUAAGAAGGAGGUGACCUUAGUUGCCCAGGAGGCGUUUGGUGUGCCGAUCUCGUCUUACUGCUGAGGGUGCUGCACUUGAUCUAGCAAGAUGAAUCCUAUACAAGAGGGACGGGUUGUGAUUGUUGGCAGUGGACUCAUUGGAUGCAGCUGGGCCAUGGUAUUUGCUUCUGGGGGCUUCCAAGUGAAACUUUAUGAUAUUAUGCAAGAGCAGAUCACCAAAGCCCUGGAAAAAAUUGGCAAGCAACUGAAAGAUCUGGAGAAGACAGGAAUGUUGAAAGGUUCACUGAAAGCUGACCAACAGUUGGCUCUCAUUAGUGGCUGCACGGAUCUGAAAGCAGCAGUAGAGGGAGCUGUUUACAUUCAGGAGUGUACACCUGAGAACCUGGAACUGAAAAAGAAGAUUUUUGGCCAGUUAGAUGUUGUUGUCUGUAACAGUGUUAUUCUAAGCAGCUCGACUUCCUGCCUUUUGCCUACAAAACUGUUCACUGGACUGAAGCAUAUUAAACAAUGUAUAGUAGCACAUCCUGUAAACCCACCAUACUACGUACCUCUGGUUGAAUUGGUUCCCCACCCAGAAACAGACCCUGGUACAGUGGAGAAAACCUAUGCUCUGAUGAAGAAGAUCGGACAGUCACCAGUUAGACUGACGAAAGAGAUAGACGGGUUUGCUCUGAACCGGCUCCAGUAUGCGGUUAUUAGUGAAGCAUGGAGACUUGUUGGUGAGGGAGUGAUAUCUCCCACUGACUUAGACCUUGUGAUGUCUGAUGGCUUGGGAAUGCGGUAUGCUUUUAUGGGACCUCUGGAAACUAUGCAUCUGAAUGCAGAAGGAAUGCUAAAUUAUUGUGACAGGUAUCGUGAAGGCAUGAUACGUGUUCUGAAAAGCUUUGGGCCAAUACCAGAUUUCACAGGGGAUACCGAACAGAAGAUAAAUCAGGCAAUGUGUAAAGAAACUCCAGCUGAUCCGGAGCACUUAAAUGCCAGGAGACAUUGGCGAGAUGAGUGCCUUGUGUGCCUGGCCAAGGUGAAGAAGGAAAUGAAAUCCAAUAAGCAUUCUCUAUAAACCAAAGGGGCAGUCAUAAUUGGGUCGGCAUUUGAAUGGGUGCAACCCUUCUUCAGGAAAUCCGUCUGCAUUAUGAAUAUAGAAAGGGUGAUUUAACAUGGGAGACUUGACUGCAAAAGCCAGCAGAGAGCAGUUGACCUAUGCAGUUGUAGUCUGUUAAUUUCGGCUGGGAUAUUUUUUUUUUAAACAGAAUAUCAUCAGAAGCUACUUCCUAAAUGAUGUGUUAAAGCCACAAUCUUACAUCCUUUGUGGGGGUAGAUGCAUGAACUACAGGGGGAUUGCAAAGGAAUAUAUUAAACAAUAGACUGCAGCUUAAAUGCUUUAGAUUGGACCAUGACAUAUCUUCUUUGGAUCCAGGAGGCAGCCCAAAAAUCUAGGAGCCAUGCAGUGAACACUUGACGCUGUUAGGGGACUUAGUGAUGGACAUUGUGGAAGAGGCGAGUAAAUGGGCAUCUCUUUAUCCCCUUUGUAACAUAUUCAGAGCUACCUGGGACAAACAAUUUUAUUAAAUAACUGUACCUCUGAGUAUCCUAUUCUAAGUGCUACAGUUGAAUUUCUAGGUGCCAUGGCUCCCUGGCGCCUGUAAUUGGUCAAGCUCUGCUUUUGAUGAUGGGGAUACAAGGCAUUCUGCUUUUUGAGCAAUAUCCAGUUUUUCAGAACACAGCAGCUUUACAGAUUGCAGAAUCUUUUGGCAUCCAUAAUUAUAGUAAUUUUGGUUUGUUGGUCCUUGGAUGGUUUCUAGUUAGCAUCACCUUAAGUGUUAAUAGCAGUUUAACAGAGAGCUCUUGAACAAUAUUUAUUCAGAAUGAUGAUGUUUAUAAUCCUGUUUUGGAAUAAAUUAAUUCUAACCAGUGUCUGCAUUUGCAGGGAUACAAGUUUAGGCAAGAAAAAGAAAAUGCUGUUAGUUUAUCUGGACUAAGUUUUGCUCUGUUCAUCUUUCUGUAGGCACAACAAGCCAUUGCACCCCUAUUUAUAAUCAUCCUGAUCAUAAAUAAAUGGUUGGAAGCAAGUGUCCUAUUUAUAGACAUGUGCUUUACUUUAAAGUAAGCAUGCUUAGCAUCAUAACCUUUGUUGUGUUCAGGGGUGUAGCCAUCAUUGGGCGACUGGGUUCAAAGAACCCUGGCCACCGCUCCUCAAGGGUCGUGCCUCAUAGCCCUGACACGCCCCCCGCAUUUGACGUCAGAUGCGGGGGGGGGGCUCGUUUAGCUCCUGAGUGGGGUUGCAUGGCCCUGUUCAGGAGUCAAAACCACGCCUCCCACAUCUGACAUCAGAUGUGGGGGCGUGACUAACCCCCGUGUCUGACAUAAGACAUAGGGGGUGGAGUGAGCAGGGCCACCACCACGGCUGGACACAGGCCACUGCUGGACUGGCUCUGCUACUGGAUGUGUUGAAUUGUUGGUGUCCGUAGUGGGAAUAUACCCAAACACGAAGAAAUGAUAUUGACUGGAAGUUUUUAACCUGGUUCUACUGGUUGUUCUUCUAACUGUGUGAGGACAUGAAGGCCCAAGUGUUAGGAAAGUCUAGCCCUUGCUUCCAAAUAAAUAUGGAUAGGAUCAGGCUGUUUAUCAGCAGGUUGUGCAGCACAGAGUGUGAUUUUAAAAAUGAAAAAUUUAAGUCUGGGGGUGCUUGAUAUGACACUGAUAUCAUGUCAUUGGCAAACCGUCAAAAAGGAAGAUGAUGCCCCCCAAGUAUUCUGUUGCUGCUUUAUUUUAUAGCAUGCAGCCCAGAAAAUAAACACAGGUUAGAAAUAUAACCUACAAGGAAUUGAGGGGCUGGGUGGAGAAAUCGGGCAAUAUAUUUAUCCCUUUGCUCACCGUUCAUUUCUCCAGCAAUGGCUCAGUUACGGCAGGUGGAAAGUGGACCUGGCUCAGAGGAACACUUCCUCUGAACCAAGCGCCUCACAGCAGUGGUCAUUUCAGAGGAGAAAGAGAAGGCCAAGACCUUCUUCCGUCCCCAAAUCAACUAUUUGCGAGAGGAUCCUGGCUGCAAAGGCAACAUGCCAAAGGAGCAUGCUGUCUCUGAGCUCAUGACUUCCCUUCUACUACUACUUGGAGGUGAGGGCAGAGGGUAGCUCCCUUCAUUCCCUAAACAACCGCUGGGGGAGGGAGGUGUUGGGAAGUUCCUGAGGAGGCAGACUGGCACUACAGCUCAAGAAUUCUCGGCUGCAAUGAGCACUUUCCAGCAGUUGCCAGGCCUGAGAGUUCUUUGUACUCACUGAGUGGGAAGUGGGUAUUGGUGGCCAGGGACACUCCAGAAGCAUGAGUGGAGCAUGCAUACACAAACUUUGCUUGGGGUGUUUCCGGUGGUAUGAGAUAAAAUAGGAUUCUCCCCAGCAACUGCAUUAGUAGAUUUAGAAAGAUCUUGGUGAAGAAACAAGUGAUUUCGUUUCAGCCAUUGCUGAUUAACUGCCUUGUGAGAUCAGCAUGUCUGGAAGCUUUACAGGUUCACUCAAUGAACCAGUAACCUCUGCAGCCAAAAGCAGAAGUUGCCGUCCCAUCGCUUUCAGAUCUGGGAAGUGUAGUUGAGGGGGUCUCUUGCUACAGUACAUUUAAGGAACAUAAUGUAGCAACAGACCCCCUCAAUUAUACUCCACCUCAACAGUGAAAGCAGUGGCUCAGCAACUUCUGCUUUUAGCUGUACAUGGUUCAUUCCCUUGUGUGUAGUGUCUAUAGAGAUGACCUUUUGGCAGUUGUGUGACACAGAGUGAGGCUUCCAAACUUGCUACUCUUGAUUAAGUGCCAUCAAGUCGGUGUCGACUCUUAGCGAUCACAUAGAUUUGCUCCAGGAUUAUCUAUCUUCAACUUGUCGUUUAAGACCUUGUAAGAGUAAGGCCUACUUACAAGGCAGUUAAUCACCAAUUUAUUUUAUUUAUUGUAUUUAUUGUAUUUCUAUAUUGCCUGAUAUGUACAUCUCUAGGCGGUGUACAAAAUUUAAAAGGUUUAAAAGUCACAAAUUAAAAUACAUGACAAUAAAAACAAUAGAAUAAAAUAGUUAUUAAAACACAUUUUUAAAUUAUUAAAAGAAAAAAAUAUGUUUCUUUCCAGAUAUCUCUUGAAAUCAAAUAUCAUUGUGGGUGCAAGUGGAUAUUCUUUUAUUUGUAGGAGUCUUUCUGGGUUUUCCUUGGUCUUUAUGUUAUGAAUUUUAGGCAGUGGAGUGAAUUAAAAGAGGUAUUGCAUAAAGAAUAACAUGGACAUGAGUUUCAACCAUUUUGUGGCCAGACACUCACUGCUCUGAGCACCAGAAUAUAAAUGUUAAAAAGCAGAAUAUAAAUAUAAAAAUGAAUGAUAAAGAAAAUAAAUGUAUGCUAACAGCCAGAUUUCAUUUUGUUGAAACUCCAUGGGGUUUAAACCCUUAUUAGCUAAAUUAACUGAAAUAGAACUUCUGUUACUCAUUUUAAAUUAAAUCAUAGGAACAUAGGAAGCUGCCAUAUACUGAAUCAGACCAUUGGUCUAUCUAGCUCAGUAUUGUCUUCACAGACUGGCAGUGGCUUCUCCAAGGUUGCAGGCAGGAAUCUCUCUCAGCCUUAUCUUGGAGAUGCCAGGGAGGGAACUUGGAACUUUUUGCUCUUCCCAGAGUGGCUGCAUCCCCUAAGGGGAAUAUCUUACAUUGCUUACACUUCUAGUCUCCUAUUCAUAUGCAACCAGGGUGCUUAGCUAAGGGGACAAGUCAUGCUUGCUGCCACAAGACCAGCUCUCCUCUCCUCUCUUAAAUCACAUAAUGAUGACAUAAUAUUCCUGUUAAAUAAUUGUAACAAGAUUAGUUCCAUUUUUGUUAAAUAUAUGUGUGGCAAUUCAAACAAACAAACAAACAAACAAACCAGAACCCAUUUGGUUCUAACUUGCAUGCUUGCUUUUGUUCUGAAAUGAUUGAAGCUUUUUUAUAUUGUUAAUAGCUGCUUCCAUGAGCUUUGCUUGCCAAUAAACAUCUGUAAUGAAA